AAAUCCUAUGAAUACCACCUGCCAAAUCUGUUGCCAAAAUUGAACAAUAGCUUCUACCUACCUAAAUUUUCCCAAUGGCUUCGAGUGGAAAAUUCCUUCCUCACCAAACCCAAGUGAUGGCAGUUCUGAUACCUUUCCCUGCACAAGGCCAUCUCAACCAGCUUCUUCAUCUCUCACGCCUAAUCUUAUCACACAACAUACCAGUCCAUUAUGUUGGCACUGUCACACACAUUCGCCAAGUCACACUUCGAGACCACAACUCCAUCUCCAACAUUCAUUUCCAUGCCUUUGAAGUUCCUUCCUUUGUUUCCCCUCCUCCCAACCCCAACAAUGAAGAAACCGAUUUCCCAGCUCAUCUACUUCCUUCCUUUGAGGCCUCUUCGCAUCUUCGGGAGCCUGUGAGGAAACUUCUUCAUUCCCUCUCUUCUCAAGCCAAAAGGGUCAUUGUCAUCCAUGACUCUGUAAUGGCAUCAGUGGCACAAGAUGCCACAAACAUGCCAAAUGUUGAGAAUUACACUUUUCACAGCACAUGUACAUUUGGCACCGCCGUUUUUUAUUGGGAUAAAAUGGGGAGACCCUUGGUUGAUGGCAUGCUUGUCCCAGAAAUUCCUUCUAUGGAAGGAUGCUUCACAACCGAAUUCAUGAAUUUCAUGAUUGCGCAAAGAGAUUUCCGCAAAGUCAAUGAUGGAAACAUCUACAACACAAGCAGAGCAAUUGAAGGUGCUUACAUUGAGUGGAUGGAGCGUUUCACUGGUGGCAAGAAGCUUUGGGCAUUGGGACCAUUCAACCCUUUAGCUUUUGAGAAGAAAGAUUCCAAAGAAAGGCACUUUUGCUUGGAGUGGCUUGAUAAACAAGAUCCAAAUUCAGUCCUAUACGUGUCUUUUGGGACCACAACAACUUUUAAAGAGGAACAAAUAAAAAAGAUUGCAACUGGGUUGGAACAAAGCAAGCAGAAGUUCAUCUGGGUGCUGAGAGAUGCUGAUAAAGGAGACAUAUUUGAUGGAAGUGAAGCAAAAUGGAAUGAGUUUUCGAAUGAGUUUGAGGAGAGAGUUGAAGGCAUGGGGCUAGUUGUGAGAGAUUGGGCACCCCAAUUGGAAAUUCUGAGUCACACUUCAACAGGGGGGUUUAUGAGUCAUUGUGGAUGGAACUCUUGCUUAGAGAGCAUAUCCAUGGGGGUGCCAAUAGCAGCAUGGCCUAUGCACUCUGACCAGCCAAGAAACAGUGUUUUGAUCACAGAGGUGCUCAAGAUUGGCUUGGUUGUGAAGAAUUGGGCACAAAGGAAUGCAUUGGUUAGUGCUUCAAAUGUUGAAAAUGCUGUGAGAAGGUUGAUGGAAACAAAGGAAGGUGAUGAUAUGCGAGAAAGAGCAGUGAGGCUUAAAAAUGUCAUACAUAGGUCCAUGGAUGAAGGUGGAGUUUCUCGCAUGGAAAUUGAUUCUUUCAUUGCUCAUAUCACUAAAUAGCUGUAUCAAGUGAUAUUAGUGUGGUCCUAGUUGAAUAUGACAGAAUUUUACAGUUCAUGAAGUUGAUGCAAAAUAGGUUUGGCAUGAAAAUACACACAUAUUUAUGUUUCUGGAGACAUUAUCUGGCAAAGUUUUUGUGAUCAACAUGCUAAGCCAUUUUGUAGAAUUCUUAUCUAUGUAUUUUAGAACAAUCCUUGUUUGGUGUCAA